CUGCUUUCAAUAGCUGCACUAGAGAACUGUCAAAACCAUGAGAGUUGUGUUUACAUCGUGGUUGGAGGGAGUUAUGAGGCUAAAGUAAAAUGUUCCUUCUAGUUUUGAUCACUGUGCUCUGCAGUAUUGUGGCGUUUUCGAAUGUAAUUGCUAAACCGAUCCAAGCUUUUCUCAAACGACCUUCCACAGAGGAGUUGCAGAUCUUAAAAGAAAUCGACACAAUUAAAAAGCAACUUUCGAAAAUUUCAGUCCGCGACCAAUACACUGAAUACGUGAAAACUGAAAGAAAAAUUAUCACUUUGGAAAAAAAUUUAUCCACAUUACGCAACAAAAAAUUCGCAAAUAACCUUUUUGUAGAUUACGGUGUGAAAUACGGAUUGAAAGCAAUAGUUUCUUUUGUACUUCUAAUAAUUUCAAUUUUUUAUCGUUAUGAGCCGGUAAUUGUCUUUGAAAAAAGAUUUAAUUUUGCUCCAUUCGGAUUUCUGAUGAAUUUCCCGACUGGAAUUGAGGGUGCUGUAUCGGUACCGUUCUGGAUAUUUGUUAGUAGUUUUACAUUGCGAUCAAUAACGGAUUAUUUAAAAAUAUAAUAAAGACAUUUGUUAAAAUU